UUACGGCAUUUACAUUAGCACUUACCGUAGUCGAUUUAAAAAAUUUUAAAUAACGUUUUUUACUUGUUUAUUAUUGAGUGAAAUUAGUUUUGCAAGGUUUGACGUUUUUUCUAGCGCUUGCUGUAAAAUCGUGUGAUUAAUGUACCUUAUUUAUUUAUUUACCUAUAAUGUAUGGGGAAUGACACGUCAGACCUAUGGAAGAGUGUGCGUCGGUCAAAAAGGACUAUGAUCAGUGCUUUAAUUCAUGGUUCAAAGACAAAUAUCUUAAAGGCGACGACGACGAUUCUAUGUGUUCGGAGCUGUUGAAAAAUUAUACAAACUGUGUGAAGAAAGCGAUGAAAGACAGAGACGUAGACGUAUCGGAUUUGUUGCGGUAUCAUUCGUCAGUCAGAUUUCAGGAUGACGCUAAGCCAGCAACUUAACCGUUUAUUUACAUUUUUUCUAUUUUAUUUCGUAUUUUACAGAGGUACAAUUUUUUUAUGGUUGUGUGUCUGUACAGAAUUGUUCUCAUAUUCUUUAGUUUGAUUUUGAUUAAAUUAUAUCCGAUGGUAGUGGUUAUGAA